GCCCAUACCCCCUCGCCCCACCAAAAAACACCGCCCCAAAAACCCGCGUCCCCCAAAACCCACACCCCCCCCCCCCCCCCUCCCAUAAUAGAACACCACCUGGGCUUCUAUUUUGUCUCUCAAGUCAAGUUCUAAAGGAUGGUCUUCUAUUGCGGUCAUAUUUUGUCACCUGCUAGUAGUCCAACGGUAACCCCACGUAGUUUAAGUUGAACUAUUCUAUUAUAAUGCUUAGACAUAUUUAGGAUUAUGUGCAAAAUUUCUCACUUACAAGUCUUGUGCGUCGUUGUAUUUUUAAAUUUCUUUCAGAUCAAAGGUAUAAGAUUUUUUAUAUGAAUUUUGAACUCUCACGUGAACAGUUUCGAACAAUGAUUUUAUAUGACUGAAAAAUUGGCUUAACGUACAAAGAAAGUCAUGUCCGUUUAGUGCAAGCAUGGGGAGACCAAGCACCUUCUGAUCGUACAAUUCUCAAUUGGUAUCAUGAAUUUCAAAGCAGCUAUUUCAGUGUUGAAGAUGCUGUCCGUUCAGGUCGUCCUCGAACUGCUGUCAACGAAGAAACAAUUGAUGCUGUCACAGCAAUAAUUGAAGAUGAUCCUCACUCAACAUACGAACCGAUUGAAGACACCCUGGGCAUUACUUCGCCAUCGAUCAAUUCAGUUAUUCAUGAUUAUUUGAAGUUGCACAAAGUUUGUGCUCGAUGGGUGCCUCAUCAACUCACCGAUGACCAAAAACAGUUCCGUAUUCAAUUUUGUCGUGAUUCACUGGAAAGAUUUGAAGGAGGCUCAAUACCAUUAGAACGUGGUGGAGCGGUAACUGCAAGAUGGUAUAUCAAUAGCUGCCUGCCACAAGUCUUCGAAACAGUAUCGGAAUGGAGACAAAAGACCGGUCUUCGAGGUCUCAUUUUGCGUGACAAUAACGCAAGGCCGCAUAGAACUGGAAUUGUUAGCGAAUUUUUGGCCGAAAAUCGUGUCGAACCAUAUCCAAAUUCACCAUAUUCACCAGAUCUAAGUCCGUGUGACUUCUUUUUGUUUUCAAAACACAAAAAUCAAUUACGGGGAAUUCAGUUCAACGACGACAAUGCAAUGUUGAAUGAGUUAGAACAAGCCAUUGACAGUCUCACAAAAGAUGAUUUCAAAAAUUGCUUCGACGACUGGUUUAUUCGAAUGCACAAGUGCAUUGAUGCUGAUGGGCAGUACUUCGAAAAACUACACUAUAACCAGUCUUGGAAUACUAAAGGGCUGGCGAAAAAACCUUUUUAG